AGGCGCUCCCUGGAAUCACAUGGUACCUGCUCCAGUGCCGCGUGCGGCCCGGGAACCCUGGGCUGCUGGCGCCUGCGCAGAGCCCUCUGUCCCAGGGAAAGGCUCGGGCAAAAGGCGGCUGAGAUUGGCAGAGUGAAAUAUUGCUGCUGAGGGAACGUAGCAGGGCACACGUCUCUCCUCUUUGCGUCUCGGUGCCUUGUUUCUCCCAUCACCUACUUACUUCCUGGUUGCCACCUCUCUCUCCUUCUGGGACGUCUGCACCGGGAGCUCAGAUUCGCUACCCUGCUGCGCUGCGGAGCCGUCUGGAGUGGCCCCCGGUGCACUGCAGAGACCCUUCUAGCCAGAACUGCUGCAGGCUGAUUAUUUCUCCCCACACACUCUCUCUGCUCUUCCCAUGCAAAGCAGACCUCCGUUGCUUCAGCUUCCUACCCUUCUGCAGGACUGCAGUCCGGCCACCCCAAGACCUUACUGCAGGAUACCUCGAAUCCUGAUCUUGAGCUGCGGGGUCCACUCGCCGCCCUCAGCCAGUGCCCAGGGGGCGAGAGCAGCAAUCGCAACCUCCAGUUUGUGUCAAGGUCCAGUUUGAAUGACCGCUCUCAGUCAGUGAAGAAAUGACGACCCUGGACUCCAACAACAACACAGGUGGCGUUAUCACCUACAUUGGCUCCAGCGGCUCCUCCCCGAACCGCACCAGCCCGGAGUCUCUCUACAGUGACAGUUCCAAUGGCAGCUUCCAGUCCCUGAAUCAAGGCUGUCCCACCUACUUUCCACCAUCACCCACUGGCUCCCUCACCCAGGACCCCGCUCGUUCCUUUGGGAGCAUUCCACCUAGUCUCGGUGAUGAUAGCUCCCCUUCAUCUUCUUCAUCUUCCUCCUCCUCCUCCUUCUAUAAUGGGAGCCCCCCGGGGAGUCUACAAGUGGCCAUGGAAGACAGCAGCCGAGUGUCCCCCAGCAAGAGUACCAGCAACAUUACCAAGCUGAAUGGCAUGGUGCUGCUGUGUAAAGUGUGUGGGGACGUGGCCUCAGGCUUCCACUACGGCGUGCAUGCCUGUGAGGGCUGCAAGGGCUUUUUCCGUCGAAGCAUCCAGCAGAACAUCCAGUACAAAAGAUGUCUGAAAAACGAGAACUGCUCCAUUGUCCGCAUUAAUCGCAACCGCUGCCAGCAAUGUCGCUUCAAGAAAUGUCUCUCCGUGGGCAUGUCACGAGACGCUGUACGUUUUGGGCGCAUCCCCAAGCGAGAAAAGCAGAGGAUGCUCGCUGAGAUGCAGAGUGCCAUGAACUUGGCCAACAAUCAACUCAGCAGCCAGUGCCCACUGGAAACCUCACCCACCCUGCACCCCACUUCAGGACCGGUGGGCCCCUCGCCACCUCCUGCUCCAGCCCCCUCACCCCUGGUGGGCUUCUCCCAGUUCCCACAACAGCUGACACCACCCAGAUCUCCCAGCCCUGAGCCCACUGUGGAAGACGUGAUAUCGCAGGUGGCCCGUGCCCAUCGAGAGAUCUUCACUUAUGCCCAUGACAAGCUGGGCACCUCACCUGGCAACUUCAAUGCCAACCAUGCAUCGGGUAGCCCUUCAGCUACCACCUCACAUCAUUGGGAGAGUCCCGGCUGCCCACCUAUCCCCAAUGACAACAACACUUUGGCCACACAGCGCCAUAACGAGGCUCUAAAUGGUCUACGCCAUGGUCCUUCCCCCUAUCCUGCAUGGCCCCCUGGCCCCGUGCACCACAGCUGCCACCAGCCCAACAGCAAUGGGCAUCGUCUAUGCCCCACCCACGUGUAUGCAGCCCCAGAAGGCGAGGCACCUGCCAACAGUCCGCGGCAAGGCAACUCCAAGAAUGUUCUGCUGGUGAGGGCAUGGAGCCAGUGUGGAGGGAGGGGGCCUGGAAGGAUGAACUUAGUGUAGGGCAGCCCAGUGUUCCUGGAGACUGAGCGUGU